AUGUUCGUCGACGAAACGGACGACAAUUACUACAUCCUCGAGUUUUUUGAUGUCCGCGAUGCUGCGGAGCAUCGUCAGCUAAUUGCUCCGGAGACGACGGAGAAGUUGCGGAAUGAAUGGCAUCCGCACCGACAGGCUGAAGCGCUUCAUGCGCCGCAAAUGCCGCCGCAAAUGCGUGGCAUGCAGAUGCCGGAGAUGUCCAAUGCUGCUGCAAACUGGUGGCAGCAGUGGCCAGAAGAUCGUGCCAUCAUGAGCAUCGCGGAAGAAGGCGUAGCUCAGAUGGGGAUGAUCAUGCCAGGGACCUUCCUCAUCCUGUUGCAAGGGGUUCCGCGCGAGCUGCUCAACGACAGCUGUGUGGAGGCCAUCCUCGAGCAGGCCGGCCUCUCGGAGGAUGUCGCGAAGUUCACAGUUCACGAUGAGAAGGUUAGCCUGCGUGGCCAUUGCAUGCUGAACGUGCUCUCCGAAUCUGGAGUUUACCGAUGUCUGAACCACUUCGCAGGCUGUUGUUGGGGAUGUCGCGCGACGCUGGUGUAUGGCGAAUUGUCAAUGCCAGCUUGCUUCCCAGCAACUCAGAACGGCGAUGGUAUUGCCUCAGAUGAGUACAACUUCGAUCAAGCAGAGGUUGACUGGCGAAAGGAGCAAGCCAGAGGCGGAGGAAUCUUUGCUGAUACUUGGAACUUUGAUGAGGCAGCGCACACAUCCAAUCGCAGCCAAGCACCGCCGACCACGGCACCCAAGGAGGCUCAGCCGACUUCGGAAGCAAGCACGGACCUCAGCGAGUCCGACGACGACGUGAUCGCCAAGUAUGCUAGCAUACAGUACUUCCGAAAGGUGUCACGAAGACGGUCGCCAAGAAAGGAGGCCUGGGUGUUCGGGGACUUCACGGCCUCUCUGAGGCGGCCAUCGGUUCCAGACGUACAGCAGAUCAGUUUUAUUCAUCACCAGCCGAAACUUGGGAGAAGCCUGUUGAUGUGGGGCCCGGCUGGGGCUGGCGUCGCAAUGCGACAGGGCUGGCUUGUGCAUGUGGUGUAUCGAGCUCCUGCCAACUGA